AUGGCCGGAUUGCAAUUGUUCAUUCUCAGCCUUGUCUCCUGCCUCGGACACGCCCUCACACUGUCCCAGCCGCGGGUUACAAACACGACCACAAACACCACGGCGACCCUCAGGGCCAGGUCGGCGCCCCCUUCUCGCACGUCAAUCUGUGGAUAUUCAACGGGAGACCCAUCCAAGGCCUGGUCGGCACCAGAUGGAUACGACUGCCGUGUAGACACUUCUCACGGCCUCUGGGGGUUCUGUCCCACGACCGUCAUUGCCGCCCCAGACUGUAGUUUAGGCGGCUACUGCUUCGACGACACCUCCUGUCAGACCGGAUGCGGCCGACUUCGCAACAACACGAGGAUAUCAACGUGGACAUGGUAG